AUUAUUGUAUUACUUAGGAUAUCAGUGCUUAAAUCCAGGUUAUAUCAUCAGUUAUAGCUACUCAGUCUUGACAAGUGGAACAUAGUUAUGAGUUACUGGGGGUGGACUAGCAGUUUCACUCAUUUUUGGCUCAUUUUGAAUUUGCAUAAUAAAAUGUUUUUGCCUGAAGUGUUUUACAUAAUUUGAUUUUGCCAAAGGUUGCACAGGAUAAUAAACACAGACAUGAACAUAGUGGAAGGAAAACACAAGUUUUUUAUUUAUAUUUUCGAGUGUAUUGGCCUUAUCGUGAUCCCACAUUGGAGGUUUACCAGUUUACCAUGAGCAUCAAGCCACAGGACCUCAGGGUGUAAGAGGCAAUCACCAUGGCAACGCAGUUUAGUAUUGAUGAUGCCUUUGUGUUGGAGGGAGAUGAGGAGGGAGCUGUGUCAGACGGAGAGACAGAGGGAUGGAGGGGCAGAGACAAGGACAGAGAAGCAGGCGAGAUGACAUUUGGUCCUCUAUCUUUCUCUAAACCUCAGACUCAUCCCUCUCCCGCUGCGGCCAGCUCCCCUGAACACAGUAACCUGAAGUAUCAGAAUCUGGAAAAUGAAGAUGCUUUGGGCAACAAUGGCAAUUCCUCUUUCAAUAACUUCUUCAAAAUCAGUGACCCAGCAACUCUGUCUUACUGCAGCUCCCAGUGGUCCUUCAGCACCUUGAGUUCUGUCACGCAGCUUUCUGCACACUGCUGCGGGUGGGUGUCCCAUCCGCUGGUGAAGAAAAACAGAAGAGUUGUUCUGGCUUCAUUCCUUCUCCUCAUCACUGGAGUUGCUCUUAUUUUCACAGGUGUUGUCAUACAGCUGAAUCCAAAUGCAGGGGUAUCGAGUGCUAUUUUCUUUGUUCCCGGAUUUCUUCUCUUCAUCCCUGGAGUGUACCAUGUGAUAUACAUCAGCUGUGCUGUCCGUGGAAGAAGAGGCUUCAAAUUGUUCUACUUACCUUAUUUUGAAAAAUGACAUUUUAUGACACACUACAUUUCUCUGUUUGUUAUCUUAAAAUGAAUUGUAUUUUGUCACUUGUAACAAAAAUAUAUUGUCACAUUUCACAUUCUUUUUUCCUUGUCAUUGUAAUGACCACUACUAAUUUAACCACUCAGUACCUUGAGUAUGUUUCCACUACAUGAACUGACAUUGUUGUACGUGUACAUGAAAAAGAAGGAGAUUGGUCUCGCCUGUGUUUUCUAUGUGUGAAUAAUGACUGUGAAAUUACAAUAAAACUUUUGUAUAUUUUA